AUGGGCGAAGAGAGAGAGAGAGAGAGAGAGAGAGAGAGAGAGAGAGAGAUCUGGUUGCAAUGGUCCCCGCUCGAGGAGGAUAAAGAGGAAGGACAAGAACAAGGAAGACAAGAGGCCACGAACCGCCUUCAGCGGCGAACAGCUGGCCAGGCUAAAGACAGAGUUCAGUAUAAACAGGAAUGGAGGUCUCCCAUCCAUCUCCUUUUUGGUCGACUCCUAAUGGGCGAGUUAGCCGUGGAGUAUGUCAUUUAUAAGUCUGUUAAUGGUGUAUUGUGA